UUUACAAAAUGAUGGAGUCAGUCGCCCAGUCCUCCCCGAUGUGUACAUACGUAAAUAAUUAUUUUAUCUUAUAUUCCUUUAAAAAUGAAACUGAUACAUAAAGAAAUAGACAGGGAUGGCCGAGGCAAGAUGGUGCUGGUGCCUGAUGAGGGUGAGGAUAUGUGGCACACUUACAACAUCAUGACUGAGGGUGACCGACUUAGAGCCACCACCAUCCGUAAGGUCCAGCAAGAGUCUGCCACGGGAUCAUCUACCUCGUCCCGUGUUCGCACAACCAUCACCAUCAGAGUUGAAGCCAUCACUUUUGACACGGGAGCUUGUAUGCUUAGAGUAAAGGGCCGCAAUGUUGAAGAGAAUCAGUACAUCAAGAUGGGUGCAUACCACACAGUGGAUUUGGAACCUAAUCGCAAAUUCACUCUCUUUAAGGAACAAUGGGAUUCUGUUACCUUAGAGCGUGUGGAGAAUGCCUGUGACCCUGCUAAGCAUGCAGACCUGGCAGCUGUGGUAAUGCAGGAUGGCUUGGCCUUUGUCUGUCUCAUUACCUCAGCCAUGACUGUCGACCGAGCCAAGAUAGAUGUCAACAUCCCCAAGAAAGGAAAGGCUGAUGAUACUCAGAGGAAGAAGGCAGUUGCAAAGUUCUUCGAUCUGGUGAUGGCAUCUAUCUUGCGUCAUCUCAACUUCGAGAUUGUGAAGGCUGUGUUAAUUGCUUCUCCAGGGUUUGUCAAGGAUCAGUUCUUUGAGUACUUGAUGAGGAAUGCAGUGCAGACAGACAAUAAACUCUUGUUGGAAAACAAGAACAAGUUUGUACUUGUGCAUUCCUCUAGUGGCUUCAGGCAUUCCCUCAGGGAGGUUCUUGAAGACCCGACAGUAACAGCAAGGCUGGCAGACACCAAAGCUGCUGGAGAAACAAAAGCACUGCAACAGUUCAUGACCAUGCUAGGAACUGACCCCGACCGUGCUUAUUAUGGUAUUAAGCAUGUUGAGAGAGCCAACGAUAGUCUGGCCAUUGAAACCCUGCUUGUCUCAGACAGUCUCUUUAGAUCUCAAGACUUAGAUGAGAGGCGGAGGUACGUGAGGCUGGUGGAUAAUGUGAAGGAGAACGGUGGUGAUGUUAAGAUAUUUUCCAGUCUUCAUGUUUCUGGUGAACAACUGGACCAGAUGACGGGGGUGGCAGCCAUUCUUCGCUUCCCUAUGCCAGAAAUAGAGGAAGAAGAUCAUGCAUUAGACUCUGAUGAAGAAUAAUGCAGAUUCAGGAUAGAAAACCAUCCAUUUAUCUUUUUUUUUUACCUUUUAUUUCUUUAUCACUAUUUUAUGACAACAUUGAAACUGCAAUUCUUUUCUGUGUUCCCCAGUUUUAUUGGUCACAUACACAAAGUAAUUAUUUAUUACAUUAGCACAUAUUUGAAAUUUAUUUUUAUUACAGUACUGUACUUAUCAGGUGUGGGCGUAUGUAAUAAAUGAUAAGAAAAAUAUUGAAGGAUGAAUCUUUGCAGCCAACCAUAUUACGUACCUGGUAUUAGUGGUAUAACAGUCAGGUGUGAGACACAGUAAGUAUUGAUAAUUAGUAGCAAGUGAGAGCCAUUUGGUCUGUGAGGAUGGUAAAAAAAUCCUGUUUAUAUGAUCAUGUUAUAAUGAAAUCAGUUAUUGGAAUAAAUGACUGAAGCUAACUUGUGUUUUAACACUUUAGAAGACUCCAACUGGUCUCAAGCUACAUUAUUGCUGUUUUAUGGUAAGUAUGUACUGUACAGUAUAGUCCUGCCAUGCCACACCUUACCUUGCCUAGCUGUAAUAUCUAGUACUGUAUCAUUAUAAGUCUCUUUGGCUCUGUGUCAAAGGUAUUUAACUAAAUUGGUCAAUUUUCUGUUUAUUUCAUCAAUGGUGUCCGACCAUUGUCUAUGCUUGCUUAUUAUUACAUCAGUAUUCAACUGUUGUAUAAAGUAAUAAGUGAGUGAGUGUGUAAUAUUGGUUCACUAUGACAAUACUGUAUAGCUUGUUGGAUAUUCUGACACAUCUGUGUGUGUGUUGAUAAUACAUUACAGUACGUAUAGAGUAAUGGUUAUCACUGCCAAAAAGUUGUCCCAAAGUGUUAAUAGACUACUAUUACUCUGUCAGUGUUAAAUAAAUUUACCUUGAUAUAUAUUAUUGUGUUUACUAUGUUCAAGAUAUAUGUAGACGAUCGGAAGAAAGAAAGCCGUUUAUUUGACUGUCGAUUCAUUUUAAUUAUUCGCUCGUAAGCCAUUUCUUGCUAUGGUGUAAGAACAAAUGCAGGCUGUCUCUCAUUGGCAGCCAUUCAUUCAUCCAUUUAUUGUUACUUGUGUUAUGUUUCUGCUCAGCUGUUGGAAUAAAAGAUUGGCUGGUGGCA